AUGUCGGCAUCAACAUUGUUGUAUACUAUUCAACGGAAUUUAUUUCGAUUUGGUGGUCCAUUAUUAAUAGCUAUUGGUAGUAUCAGUUGUAUAAUAAAUUUACUGGUAUUCACAAAAGAUACUCUACGAAAAAAUCCAUGUACCAUCUAUUUUAUAUCUGUCAACAUUAUCAAUUUCUUAUAUUUUUAUUUGGGUCUUCUUUUUACAACAUUUGCAGCUGGUUACGAUAUUGAUCCUAGCUCAAACAAUAUCAUAUUCUGUCGAUUUCGCUAUUAUAUUGCCUUGGUUCUGGCUUGUUGGGAAUCAUCUUGUCUUAUUUUGGCAUCCAUCGAUCGGAUAUUAAUCACUUCACCAAAUGCUAGAACACGAAAACAUAGUACACGUCGUUUGGCUACUAUAAGUAUGAUUAGUAUAGGUUUAUUUUGGGUGCUAUUCCAUAUUCAUGCGUGGAUCUUCAUGGAAAUUGUACAAUUUGCACCUAAUUAUCUUGUUUGUUUCUAUCAACCAGGUACAUAUAUGACAUUUAUGUCUUAUAAUUCACUUGUUAUCAAUGGUGCUCUUCCACCAUUACUAAUGACAAUAUUUGCCUUUUGGACAGUGAAGAAUAUCCGUCAAGUACGGCAUGGAAGACAUCAUUCUAAUUCAACAUAUACUGGAUCCACAGUGAUUGGUAGAUCUUAUGCUCUUCAGUCUAAAGAUCAACAAAUGAUUCGAAUGUUACUUGUAAACAUCAUUAUUUUUAUUAUUUGUAAAUGUCCAGUAACAAUCUUUUACAUUUAUCAACAAUGCACGGAACGUGAAAAUAAGAGUGCAGAACAACAAAUAAUAGAACAAUCAAUUCUUCAAACAACAUACUUUGUCUUCUUCAUUUAG